CAUUGAAAUGGAGUGUGUGUGAGAAGUUCAGUCACUGGCUAAGAGGUCAUUCCUUUACAGUGUGGACAGAUAACAACCCUCUCACCUACAUCAUGACAAAACCGAAGCUUGAUGCUUGUGAGCAGCGUUGGGUGUCCAAGCUUGCUCCUUACACAUUUGAUCUGAAGCACAUACCUGGUACCAAGAACGUCGUAGCUGAUGCUCUCAGCAGAGACCCCUUUGCAACAACAGUCAGCCAUAGGCUGAUCACAGAGCAGUACAGUCACCUCCUUGCUGAAUCUGAGAGUGUCAGUUCUGAGGGAAUACAAAAUACAUUCCGGUUGAAGGUCCAAGGUCAACGCGUGGACACACCACCUUUCCGCACCACAGGACUGCAGCCGACCUCGUCUCAGCUUGGAUGUGAUUCUAUGGAUGUUAAGGCAAUCCUGGAUUGUCACAGUGAGUGGGAUCUGGCUGCUGAAACAAGGGCCGUGGAACUGUUCCAGUCAGUUCAGGACCUAGUGUUGCCAGGACAGGAGUCAUUUCCUGUGUCCACACUAGAGGAACUCCAGCGUAGCCAGGAACUUGAUCCCAGUAUUUCAAAGAUCUUACCAUUUGUCACAAGGAGAAGACAACCUUCCAGGCGUGAAAGGGCAGGAUUUGAUGCAAAAGCCAUGGUGUUGUUUAAGCAGUGGGAAAGGCUUAGGAUCCAAAAUGGAGUUCUCUAUCGGAUCACAAAGGACCCCCUGAGUAAACAAAGGAGACAUCAGUUUGUUUUGCCUGAAAGUCUCAGAGCAAAGGCAUUGAAUGGUGUCCAUGAUAUUGCAGGACAUCAGGGGCAAGCGAAGACUUUAUAUCUGGCAAGACAACGGUUCUUUUGGCCAAAGAUGGAGUCUGAUAUAAAGGAGUAUGUCAAAUGCUGUCAAAGAUGCAUCCUGGCCAAAACACCAGAACCCUCUGCUCGAGCCCCACUUGAGAGCAUCAGAACCUCCGCUCCUAUGGAGCUGGUGUGUUUGGAUUUUUGGAGUGCAGAGGAUAGUAAGCAACGCUCAGUAGAUGUUCUAGUCCUUACAGAUCAUUUCACUAAGCUAGCCCAUGCCUUCCCUUGCACAAACCAGACUGCAAAGCAGGUGGCUAAGAAACUAUGGGACUAUGUUUUCUGUGUGUAUGGGUUUCCCGAGCGGAUUCACUCCGAUCAGGGGGCAAAUUUUGAGAGUGAGCUCUUGGCAGAGCUGCUCAAGUUUUCGGGGGUCUCCAAAUCCCAUACUACGGCGUACCAUCCCAUGGGAAAUGGAGGGACUGAGAGGUUUAAUAGGACACUUGGCAACAUGCUUAGGUCCUUGCCCCUCAGAGAAAAGAACAAGUGGCCUCAACAAAUACAGAGUCUGACAUUCGCAUAUAAUGCAACUGUACAUGAGACCACGGGUUUUGCCCCAUUUCAGCUCAUGUUUGGCCGCAUCCCGAGGCUCCCUGUUGACGUGAUGUUUAAACAGGUGCUCUGUGAUCCUGUAGUUGUGGAUCACAAAAGUUAUGUGAAAACACUCAUGUCACAUCUUCAUGAGGCAGCUAGGAUUGCCCAGACUCAUGCCAUCAAGGAACAAGACAAACAGGCAAAAGGAUAUAACAGAAAAGUAAAGGGCACUCAUUUGAACAUAGGAGACAGAGUACUCAUUGCAAAUAAGGGUGAAAGAGGAAAGAAGAAACUUGCUGACAAGUGGGAUGCAACAGUGUACACAGUCAGAGACAGAAAUUUGCAGACUCACACAUACAAGUUGGAAGAUGACAGAGGCAACAUAAGGGUGGUACAUCGCAACCUGGUUUUGAAUAUCAGCUUCCUGCCAGUAGUGACAGCUGAACUGGGUGACACUGGAUCAGAGGGAGGGUCAUGUGCGUCAGACCAGUUAGAUUCCUUGGAUGAGGAGACUGCAGAGGACAGGACCAGUGCUUGGAUCAACACAGAUGAUGAUGAGAGUCAGGAGACCCUGAGUGAGGGACUCUCAGGAUUGGGCAAGUCAAGUCAACAAGCUCCAGAGGUGGUUGCAGGGGAUUCAACCCAGUGUUCCCUGGUAGGAGAGGACUGCCCAGACAGAGACACAGACUUGGACAGUUUGGUAGCAGAACCUGACUUAGACUCCCCGUCUGUGUUAGAUACACUUUCAGAAACUGCACUCACUCACUCACAUCCAUCAGACACAGAUCGUGAUGCACACACCAAGCCCCUACCAGUAGCCCCAGUGCAUGUUGCCGACGCACAGAUGCCUCCAACGGAUGUGUGUCAUGAUGUGGGUCCCCAAGAACAGCCACGGGCAGGCCCGGACAAUGUUGUCAUGACGCGAGCCGGCCGAGUUAGUAAAAGAGUUAAUCGACUCAUUGAGUCCAUGGUUCAAAAGCCUUUAGGUUUUAAGCGUUUGGCAAAUUCAGUUAGCAGAAGGUCUCAGUCUCUUCUUACGCUGUUUUAAGUAAACCCAGCUGUUUAGAGAUCUUUCUGUAUUUUGAUUCUAGGGGACAGUAUCAUUAUGGCACAAUUAGAUACAUAAUAUGUUUUAAGGUAUUGACGUAUGUGGACGGCUGGGAAUGUGUGUGGUGUAAAUGGCAUCACACUGAUCUAAGAAAGGCUGAGGCCUGAUCAUCCUCAUGCUCUUUCUGAACCUAUCUGGUAGGUGGCUUAUACAGCUGAGACUAGAGGUUAUAGCUCGGAGGUUUAAACCCAUGCCUAGGAGCCAUAAAUUCUGUAGAUUUGUCCCUGUGUUCCAAUUAGAUUGUUCACCUGACUGUUCUGGAUUUUGGUGAAAUCUAGGAGGGGUGGAUGUAACGGGUGUAUUAAAAAAUAAUUUAUAUUUCACCAAAGAUCCAUCCUGCAGUGUUAUUUUCUUUGUCAGUACUGGUUAUGUAUAUGUGUUUAUUUAUAUAUAUUUAUUUUCUGUAUUUAUAUUUUGGGAGCUUUUAUUUUGUUUGUGUGACCUUUGACUUCCCGCGAAGUCACUUCCUGUAGCUGCGCGCUAUUUUCCUCAGUCGCCUAGAGGUCCCGCUGAGGAGAGGUGUUCAUACAGAAGUCCAGAAAGUGAAGUCGCUGUACUGUUUUAUGUUUAUUUUGAACAGGUAUGUGAGCUCCCUCUUUUAUUUUUGUGUCAUGUGUACUGGUUAUAUCUUUUGUUUGUGAUUCAUGUUCAUUGUUUUAACUUACUGUUAGAUAUAAAAAAUAUGUAAAAUUGCCACUGGAAAAUGAAGUCUCCCUAAACUAUAAUUUUGUUGAUGAGGUACUAGUCACUAUAUGUUCACGAUGCAGUGCAUUUUCAUUUGUUAUAUAUGAUUAUAAAUACAUUUUAGCAGUAUUAUUUGUUAAUUAGAUUUUAUUGUGAUGUUGCACCUCAGUCGCCUAGAGGUCCCGCUGAGGAGAGGUGUUCAUACAGAAGUCCAGAAAGUGAAGUCGCUGUACUGUUUUAUGUUUAUUUUGAACAGUUCUGGGAGAAUAAAUCUGCCCCCAGCUGGCAAAGAGAGAGCUGAAUCCUCUGGUUAUUUACACAACACAA